AUGGGUGGCACCGGCGUGCCUACCUUCGAGCCCAAAAUGCGAUCAUCGGUCUCGAACUACCCGUCUUGGGGUGCCCUGACUCCGCGCGCGUUUUCUGCGGCGCAACCGGCCCACCCUAGACCAAGCUUGCGCCGAGCUGGAGGCUCGAAAGCCUUCCCCUCUCCCCGACUGGGAUAUCCUCUAGUCGGCGAUGCAUUGGCCUUUCUGAAUCGCCCGGUCGCCUUCGUGCAAGACGCGACACGCAAGUGUGGCCCCAUCUUUCAUGUCAAGAUAUUGUUUGCCAACAUUGUCUACUUGAGAGGUACCCAGCUCAAUCGUAUGUACGUGGAUGUCAAGGAGGACAUCUGGUCGUUUGGUGGCGGAAUUGGCAUAUUCUUGAAGAAGAUUGCCAUCCCUGGGUAUUUUGACCAUUUCCGCAAUCUCGUGGGCUCGCUGAAUCGCGGCAUCAAUCGCAAGGUGACCCUGGAUCGUUACACCGAGCUUGCAGGCGAGGAGGCCGAUAAGGCACUGCUCAAAUGGAGCCAGCAAUCGGACGUCAAAGUGUUCGAAGAGGCGUCCAAGUAUGUCCACCGUGUGAUUGUACGGACUCUCAUGGGACAGGACUUCUACGAUGAACACAUAGACGAGCUCUACGAUCUCCUGCACCGGAUGGAGGACGAGAUAGGCCACCCACUGAAUCUUUUACUGCCGGACUGGUUUCCUCACCCUCCAGCACGACGACUGGGCAAGGCCAGAGAUCGCUUCGCCGAGAUAUUUGCCCAGCAGAUGGCGAUCCGUCGCCAGAACCCUGAAAAAUGGAAGGGUUCGCUGGACUAUAUCACCUAUACAUUGGAAGAUCCGCGGACGGCCCAUCUGCAAGAAUACUAUCCGUCGCACCAUACAGUGCUCAUGUUCGCCGCUCACACGAGCACUGUGGCUAGCAUUGCCUGGACCGCCAUGGAGCUUAUCCGGAACCCAGAGUAUGUGGAGGCCAUUCGGCAGUCAUUCCAAACGAAUGAGGACGUUCACCAGUCUCCCGUGCUACUGGCAUGCGUCAAGGAGAGUGGCCGCCACUACUCGGGUGUGCACAUGUGGCGUACAACCCACCGCCCUGUACAGCUGGAGGAUGGCUACACGGUCCCCGAAAACUGGGUAGUAUGCACCUCGCCUUAUCUCACCCACCAUGACCCCGAGAUUUAUGAGCAGCCGCAGCAGUGGCUGCCGGAGCGGUGGCUGCGUCCAACGGCGCGUUUACAGAACCUUAAUAAUGCCACCGACGCGGCGUUCCUGCAAUUCGGCGCGGGCUCCCACCGGUGCCCGGGGGAGAAUAUGGCUGGCAUCAUCGCGCGCGAACUGGUGUCGCGCCUGGUCAAGAACUACGAUUUCCAAUGGGGAAGCCAGGGGCCGGCCAAAAUCGAUGUCUCCAAUAUGGACUUCAGCAAAGUCGGCAGUCCAUGGCUGCAAGGCGAUGCGCUUAUUCGGAUCCAGCCCCGGAAAUCUGCGGCUAUGUGA